AUGCGCGGCAAUGCCGCGGCUGCUUCCUCUCCGCAGUCUGCGAGCAAGCACGACAUAGUCUCACCCAGCGCUUACUUUCAGACCACCCCGCCCGGCAUAAGUUAUCUGCAAUACUCGCUCGACAAAGAGCCCGAAUACCUGCCUCAGAUUCGUGAACUCAUCUCCAGAGACCUCUCGGAGCCCUACAGUAUCUAUGUUUAUCGAUACUUUCUCUAUCAGUGGGCGGAGCUCUGCUUCAUGGCCGUCGAUGCGACGGACAACAAUAAACUCGCGGGGGUGGUCAUUUGCAAGCUGGAGCCGCAUCGAGGAGGGCCGAUGAGAGGAUACAUUGCCAUGCUGGCUACGAAAGAAAAGUUUCGUGGCAAGGGGAUAGCGACGACGUUGGUCAGCAAAGCCAUUGAUCUCAUGAUUGCGAAGGACGCGGACGAGAUUGCGUUGGAGACGGAGGAGACCAAUACCGCAGCCAUGAAGUUGUACGAGCGCCUGGGGUUUCUCAGAAGCAAGAAAUUGCACCGGUACUAUCUCAAUGGGAAUAGCGCAUAUCGCCUGCUGCUCUAUCUCAAGGAGGGCGUGGGAGGGAUCCCGAUCGAGGAGGACUACCACGACAUAAAUCACCUGCCGUCAGGCGUGGAGGAUGAAAAGAAAUACCCACAUCACGAUCCCGCUCAGGCCACAUACAGUCGUGGAAUCAUAUGA